AUGAGUUACUCAGGAGAAUUUUUGUUGCAACUAACUCAAAGGUGCAAGAAGCUUCCAAAACAAAUGAAGCAAAUCCAUUCUCUAAUAAUCACCAAUGGCCACCUUCUUCAUCACCCAAAUGCUCCAUCAUCAUCAUUAUCUGAUCAAUGGAUGCCUACUCUUCUCUACAACGCCCUCAUCAGUGGUUAUCACAUUCACAACCACAAGGCUCUUCUCCUUUUCACUCAUAUGCUUGCAAACCAAGCUCCACCCAACAGUUACACCUUCCCCCCUCUUCUCAAAUCUUCCUCUCUUCCUUUGGGCACUAUCCUUCACUCACAAACCCUCAAGCGUGGCCUUUUGUCUGACCCCUUCAUUCCCUCCACUCUCCUCGCCCUCUACGCAAGAAACUACUUCCUUCCUCAUGCACGUAGGGUGUUUGAGGAAUUUCCGAUGUUUUGCAUUGCUAUGUGCAAUGCAAUGCUUAAUGCUUUCUCCAUAAAUGGGCACAUGGAGGCUGCUGUAGCACUCUUUGAACGCAUGCCCCAAAGGGAUGUUUUCUCAUGGACAACUGUUGUGAAUGGUUUUGCCUUGAAUGGGAAAUUUGGAGCCUCAAUUCGGUUUUUCGGGAAGAUGAUGAGUCAUAAGGAUGUGGUGCAGUGUUUGGUGAAGCCUAAUGAGGCUACUUAUGCUUGUGUGCUCUCUUCUUGUGCCAAUUUAUAUGGUCAAGCGGCUCUUGAUUGUGGAAAGCAAAUUCAUGGAUAUGUAGUAAUGAAUGAGGCCAAGUUGGGAGUUAUUUUGGGAACUUCGUUAAUAAAUCUCUAUGGGAAGAUGGGGAGCUUGAGUAAUGCUGAGAAGGUUUUCAGAGCAAUGUGUGUCAGAGAGGUAUGCACUUGGAAUGCAAUGAUUUCUUCAUUGGCUUCCCAUGGUAGGGAGAAGGAGGCUCUGGACAUGUUUGAGAAGAUGAAGCUACAUGUGUUGAAACCAAAUAGCAUUACUCUUGUUGCAGUUCUUACAGCAUGUGCUCGUGGAAAUUUUGUUAAGGAGGGAUUGGAGUUGUUUCGAUCAAUGUGGCAUGACUUUGGAAUAGAGCCAAUAAUGAAGCACUAUGGAUGCGUGAUUGAUCUUUUGGGUAGAGCAGGACAUGUCGAAGAAGCAGCAGAGAUCGUAAGAAAUAUGCCUUUUCAGCCUGAUGCAUCUGUUUUGGGAGCAUUUUUGGGUGCAUGUAGGAUUCAUGGAGCUAUAGAACUAGGAGAAGAAAUAGCAAACAAAAUGCUUAAAUUGAAGACACAACAUUGUGGCCAAUAUGUGCUAUUGUCAAGCAUGAAUGCGGAGAAGGAAAGAUGGGAUCAUGCUGCUGAUCUGAGGAGAGAAAUAAUGGAGGCUGGAAUUCAGAAAAUUCCAGCAUACAGUAUGGUUCACUGGACAUAA